CCUUCAAGUCCUGUUUAGUCUGUGUGGCAUCAUACUUUGAGAAACACCUUCAGGAUCAUUAUAAUCCGGCUCCAUUGAAGAAACACAAGCUUGUCGAGCCCUGCAAGAAGCUCCAGGAAAACAUCUGCUCUAGUCAAGUUUGAGCCGAUGAAGAUUUUCUGUCGUACUGAUCAGCAGCAUAUCUGCAGUCACUGCAAACUGAUUGGCCAUAAAUACCACAAAACAGUCCCAGUUGAAGCAGAAAGGACCAAGAAGCAGAAGGAGCUGGAAAUGAGUCGACAAAAACUCAAGCAGAGACUCCGUGACCGAGAGAAAGACGUGACGAUUCUUCAACAGGAGGUGGAGUCCAUCAAUCAGUCUGCUGAUAAAGCAGUGGAAGAAAAUGAAAAGAUCUUUGCUGAGCUCAUCUGUCUCAUGCAGAAUAGAAGCUCAGAUCUGAAGCAGCAGAUCAGAUCCCAGCAGGAAACUGAAGUGGGUCGAGUCAAAGAGCUUCAGGAGAAGGUGGAGCAGGAGAUCACUGAGCUGAGAAGAAAUGACGCCAAGCUGGAGCAGCUGUCAUGCACAGAGGAUCACAACCAAUUUCUACACAGCUACUCCUUACUGUCAGCACUUAAUGAGUCUACAGACUCAUCCAGCAUCGAGAUCCGUCCUCUGAGGUACUUUGAGGAUUUGACAGCAGCUGUGAAAGAGGUCAGUGAUAAACUGCAGGAUGUUCUGAAAGAGAAAUGGACAAACAUCUCACUGACAGUCACUGAGGUGGAUGUUUUGCUGUCAGAACCAGUGCCAAAGACCAGAGUUGGAUUCCUAAGAUAUUCACGUGAAAUCAGAAUGGAUCUGAACACAGCUAACACAUCAGUGUUAUUAUGUGAGGGGGGUAGAAAAACCACAGCUGUGAAAGAACAGCAGUCAUAUUCUAGUCAUCCAGACAGAUUCACUGGAUGGUGUCAAGUCAUGAGUAGAGAGAGUCUGACUGGACGUUGUUACUGGGAGGUGGAGUGGAGUGGGAAACAGGUUUAUAUAGCAGUCGCAUACAAGAGUACCAGCAGAUCAUUGCUCUCAGAUGAAUGCGGAUUAGGAUUCAAUAGGACAUCGUGGGCAUUAUGUUGUGACCGAAAUGGUUUUAAAUUUGUGCACAACAAUUCUCACAAGGCUGUCUCAGGUCCUCAGUUUGGGAGAGUAGGAGUGUACCUGGAUCACAGUGCCGGUAUUCUGUGUUUUUAUUGGUCUCUGAAACCAUGACUCUCCU